CCGACUGCGGAGGAUUGUGCGGGGGAGAGAGAUAGUUUACGGGCAUGUCCGUCAUGCGUGUUUGUGUCUUCUGUUUAAGUUUUAUAUUAAACUAUUAUUUAUAUUGAAAAGCCGGUUCUCGCCUCCUCCUUUCCAUUGACUCUUUACAAAUACCAUUUGGUUUUUCACGCUCACCAUGGAAUUCACCCACUCUGUAGGCUUUUCCACUUUCUCUAUGACUCCCAAUGAUGUAAUUCUUUCUAGCUCUUAUUCAGUUUGUCAUGAAGUGGUGCUGGAACCCACCUGGGAGUGUGGACUACUGGCUGUGUGUCUUCCUUCAUCUGUAUCUUGUAGGUGAACACCAAACCCUUUAAAGAUGCCAUGGAACUGCUUAAGUAUAUCAUCUACACUGCUCUAUGCCUUGGGUGGUAUUAAUUAUAUAAACCCUUUUAACAAGACCUAGGUUUUCACAAGCCUUUUAACCCACCACUGAGUAAUGGCCACCAGGAACUACUUCAAGUAGAAGGCAAAGUUCUCUGUUUUUAAUUUUUACUUUGUGAUGACAUUUAUUUUUUAUUUUAUUGUUCUGCCCGUUGUAUGCUUUGAGCUGGACAGCUCUCUGAUUAAUAUGUGGCUUUAUUUUCAUUGUUCAAGCUCACAGAUCAAAUUGGCUUGAGUGAGAUUAUUGCUGCAUUCAUUUGUAGAGCUGACAUCUACUUCUGUGCAACACUAUUUACAUUAAACCAUUCAGUCUUACCUUGAUUGAACUCCUUUUGAUAUUUGUGCUCUCACUGAAUGUCUUUGCAUGCUGAAGAGCCUACUCACUGGAAUGGCAUAUCCUUACCUCUUUAGAUAAGGUAAGGUCGGUUUCUCGCAGUAACCUCUCUUUCUAUGUCAUAGAUACCAAAAACGCAACAGUGAGUUGCAAUUCUAUCUUCUGUGCUUCUGACUGCCUGUCAAGUCCAACUGCUCUCAGAUACAUCGUGAAUCACUGUUUAAAUGUUCGCCACUCACAGUCAAUAUUACUAGUCCUAUUCACACUGUCAGGCGGUUUUACACUUUAUGAUGGCAAUUAGCGAUCAUUACCAUCGCACAUAAUGAUAGCACAUAAUUUUUCUUGGAAUUAUAAAGAAAACAGUUUUAAUUCAAUUGUUUUUUUAUUCCAACUUAGGUCUCCACAUGACAACUGACAACCAUUCUUCUGCGUCUGUCUAGAGUACCUCCAGCUUAUUGCAAUCACAAACCACACCUUCAUUGAAACCCCUCCCACAGCAGUUCACCAGUUACACACCUGUUCAAAUGCUGGCACUAUUCCGGCAGAGCUCUGAAGAGGAGAGCGAGCACAUGAGUGAUCCAGAACCAUGUGGAAUGACAAAUGAAGAUAUUGAGGAACAAAAGGAGUUGAUGGAAGUGAAAGAGGAAAGUCAAGGAUUGAAUGAAGUGGAGGAGAAAGAUCAGGAUCAGAAGCCUCAUACUAGUUCACAGACUGAAAAGAAUCAAUUGCGAAAAAGAACUGGAGCAAAAAAAACAUUUUCCUGCCAUGAGUGUGGAAAGAGUUUUACAAAUAAAUCACAUUUUAAUAAUCAUGUGAGAAUUCACUCUGGAGAGAAGCCUUUCACAUGCACUCAGUGUGGAAUGAGUUUCACCGAUAAAGGAAACCUUAACUGCCACAUGAGAAUUCACACAGGAGAGAGGCCUUUCACAUGCACUCAGUGUGGAAAGAGUUUCAGACAUUCAAGCAAUCUCACAAUUCAUCUGCGCUCUCACUCUGGAUUUAAGCCCUUUAACUGUGAUAAGUGUGGCAAAAAUUUUACAUUGGCAACAAAUCUAAAGAUGCACCUGAAAUCUCACGCAAACGAAAAGCCUUACCUGUGUUCUAUUUGUGGAAAGUGUUUUUCACAGUUGAACAAUUUAAAAGAUCACCAGGUAUCACAUACUGGUGUGAAAGCUCAUGUUUGCUCAGAGUGUGGGAAAGCCUUUACCAGAGUCGGUGAAUUAAAAAGGCACCAAAGAACCCAUGAUGGAGAAAAACCUUACAAUUGUUCACACUGUGGAAAGAGUUUUGCUCAGUCAGGGCAACUGAAAUCACAUGAAAGAAUCCAUACUGGAGAAAAACCUUACAAGUGUUCAUAUUGUGAAAAGAGUUUUGCUCGCUCAGGAAUCCUGAAAGCACAUGAGCGAGUGCAUACUGGAGAGAAACCAUUCCACUGCACUUCAUGUGGGAAGAGUUUUGCCCAAUCCAUUAAUCUACAAACUCAUGUUAAAAAGCAUUGUAAAAUGAUAACACAGUGCAACACACUCUCAUAAUGAUUUGUCCCUAUAGCAACUUUUUGUCUGCACCACAAAUACCUCCCUCUGAUGCUGGACUCAAUUCUUUUUCAAUUUCAAUACUAUUUCAAUUGAAAAUGUUGUAAUAAUUUACAUUGCAAUAUUAUUAUAUUAUGAUUAUUGCACCAUAAAUAUAAUCCAUGGUAUUCAUGCACUGUAUUCUGGAUCUUCUGAUGCUUUAUGAUGGUUUUGUGUGAGGAACAGUUGUCAAAUGUCAUUGGCUCUCGCAUGUCUUGUGACUGAUUGUGACAGUCCACUGUUUGGAUGUAUCUUUUCGAAUGAGAUGUGACUGCUUUCAGAGAGAGGAAGAUUUUCAGCAAUUAAAUCACUGACACAAAGCUACCAUAUACAGUGAGGGAAAAAAGUAUAUUUGCCCACUGACAAAGA